AUGCGUAUCAUAUGUAAUUUGGUUCGCUCCAAACUUCUUCCGAUUCACAGAACCGCAACACCACCGAUGAGCAGCCACUCGAAUCCGUUUUCCAUACUUCGCACAGUCGAGGACGUCAGGCAAUGGCGAAAAACCCUCUCGGAUCCGACGUCGAUCGGCUUUGUGCCCACGAUGGGCGCCCUUCACGAGGGGCACUUACAGCUUGUUCGACAUUCUCUGUCAUCCCAACAGAACACUAUCGUCUCGAUCUUUCUCAAUCCCGCGCAAUUCGGCCCUACAGAGGAUCUGUCGAGCUACCCUUCGACUCUAGAAUCUGACCUGAAACAGUUGGCGGCUCUUGAUGUCAAACCUGGAUCCCAUGAAAUCCCGCAUGGAGGCUUCGAUGGACGAAUAUCACCGGGCACGACCGAAAACGCCGGCAGUAUCAGGACAACUGAUCACGAACCUUUUCGGAAAGUUUCGGCUGUCUUCCUUCCAACGAACGAAGUGUUGUAUCCAUCUGGGAUAGCGGCCGACGUGAAGGAUCAGCGGGGAGCAUUCGUCGUAGUCCACGGGUUUUCUGAACAGCUAGAAGGCGCCCGCCGCCCCGGCUUCUUCCGGGGAGUCGCAACUGUCGUCCUGAAACUAUUUUUGAUCACCGAGCCCACCAUCGCAUUUUUCGGUCAAAAAGACCUUCAACAGUGUCUCCUGGUUCGUCAACUAUGCAGAGAUCUUCACAUCAUUCGCCCCAAAGCCAUUGCUGCCAUCCCGACGGUGAGAGACACCUCAACCGGUCUGGCCUUGAGUAGUCGCAAUGCAUACCUUUCUCCGAGUGAAGCCAAUGCCGCAAAGGCCUUGUUCACAUUUCUUCGUCAGACCGCUGAAAAGAUGCUCUCAUUGGGCCACACUCUCACCAACAAAGAAAUUUCCGAAUCCUUCAGUCCUCCAACUCCCUCGUUCUCAUUAGAUUUUGUAUCCAUCAACGAUCCUGUCUCGUUCGAUGAAAUCCCUGCCGGCACUAAAAUCCAGUCUAACUUUCCAAUCGCGAUCUCCGGGGCUAUGUUGGUCCAUUGUAGCACCGGCAGGCAUGUACGCUUAAUCGAUAAUAUUGUCAUCAACCAUGAUCUCAAUCAUUCCAUUUAA